AUGACUACCAACGCUCAGCAGGCGAAGAGUUGCCCCAUCCCUACCCGGGUUCUCACCCUGAAAGACUGGUCUCAGCUCCCCGAAUGCUACAGUCAGACUCCCGGGGGUACUCUCUUCUCCACAACGCCCGGAGGUAAGAGCACCCGGCCGGUUCAACCAUGCACCACGCACAACACGUUUGUACCAGGGGUAGUUUAGCUAACGUUAGCCAGCUCAUUUGUUUUUUUACUGCUCGAAAACUAACGUUUAUAUUGUGGGGAAAGGGGAACUAAACUUGUCGAAUGUUGUACAAGGAAAUAAUAAUAAUAGAAAUAACACGUUCACGUUAAUUAUAGAUGUUUUGAAACGUACAUUUACUGCCCCAAAUCUUGCAAUCAACUUUACUUAACCCUCACUGUCUCGUGACACCAGUUUAUUUGGUCGUAUAUAAAACAUGCGCAGAUGAGUGCCACAGUAUCUGUCUGCUUGACUUGCAUCAUACUGUUUUUCUGUCUGUUUAACUUGCAACGUACUGUGUUUGUUGGAAAUUGCGUAUGAUAUGCUAUAUGAAAUUUUAAAUUCAAAUACAACUUAAUUCAAUGCAUCAUUAAAAAAAUAUAUAUAUACAUAUUGCGUCCAAUCUUUUUAAAACGGACCUCACUCUUCGAUUAUUGUUACGGCUAUAUUCUUAUUGACAGACGAAAAUAAAAAAGGAAUUUUUCAGGUGAUGUGGGAAAAAAUAAGGUUCACUUGUUCAACCCCACUGGUUUAACCGCAUGGCUGCUUACGUGCAGUCAGUGCAGAGCAGUCUGGUGGUGGGAUUCGGUACUGUCUGUUUACCACACACAAACUUCAGACCUGUGUAGACUCGCUGACCAGUGAACUGGCUGCUGCAAUUCACGUUCACAACAACACUCAUGUAAAGUGUUAUGUUGGGAACCGAUUCCCAAUGAACUUUCACUGGGCGAAAUGUAGUGUCAGUUGGGAUCUGCUAUACAUCAGAUCUCGUGAUAUGAAAACCAUGGCACAUUAUGUAAGUGAAGUAGCCAUAGUAAUGGGAGUUAUGGUUGUCAAAAUUGGCACAACAUUCUGGAGAGGAAAAAUACUGGUGGAAAAAGCAUAUUGGUGAACAACAAGCUCCUCUUAACCUAUGACCUAUUGGUGGGCGGGGCCAGAUUUAGGGCGGUGAUUGGGGUGGAGAGAGGGAGACAUCCCCUCUGCAGACCACCACAGCUUCCCUGGUGCAUUUCAGGAAUACUGUAGGAACAUUCUGUUCCAGCCAAGUGGAGAGUGAGAGGGAGGGCUGAAAAAAAUCCAGGAAUGAGCCGGUAAAUUCUACAAACACCUAAAAGGAAGCAAUUCAUAAAACUUUCCAUAACAAAGCCAUCACCUACAGAGAGAUGAACCUGGAGAAGAGUCCUCUAAGGAAGCUGUUCCUGGGGCUCUGUACACGAUCAGAGCCCCAGGACAGCAACACAAUUAAACCUAACCAAAUCAUGAGAAAACAAAAAGAGAAUUACUUGACACAUUGGAAAGAACUAACAAACAAACAGAGCAAACUAGAAUGCUAUUUGGGCCUAAACAGAGAGUACACAGUGGUAGAAUACCUGACCACUGUGACUGACCCAAACUUAAGGACAGCUUUGACUAUGUACAGACUCAGUGAGCAUAGCCUAUUUGCACAUCGUUACACUGUGUGGAUACAGACAUAAUGACAUUUGAAAUGUUUAUAUUCCUUUGGAACUUUUGUGAGUAAUGUUUACUGUUUAUUUUUUAUUGUUUAUUUCACUUUAGUUUAUAAUCUAUUUCACUCGCUUUGGCAAUGUUAACAUAUGUUUCCCAUACCAAUAAAGCCCCUUAAAUAGAAUUGAAUGGGAGAUAGAGAGGGGGGGGGAUUGGAAAGAGAGGGAGGGAGGGAGGGGGGGGGGGGGAAUGGGGAGGGAUUGUGAAGUGCAACGAGAGGCCUUCCUUUCUAAGAAUGGUUGAAGUCCCCUGUAGCUCAGUUGGUAGAGCAUGGCGCUUGCAACGCCAGGGUUGUGGGUUCGUUUCCCACGGGGGGCCAGUAUGAAAAUGUAUGCACUCGCUAACUGUAAGUCGCUCUGGAUAAGAGCUUCUGCUAAAUGACUUAAAUGUAAAAGUGAGGACGUGGGAGGGCACGAGGGAGGGAGUGGUGGAAUGUUUGGCUGAGGAGAGCAGAAAGCUGUGGUUUCAGGUCAGCUAUAGAUCCUUCAUGUCCAUGUUGCGUUGUGGAAGGCAUGGCCAGACCAGAACAACUUAGUUAUGAGCUUUAAGGAGCAGUAGGAACAGCUCUGCUACUGUCAUUCGUGCUUAUUUGUGAUUCUUCAUUGAUGCCUUACAACAGAUGGCCUAGAGCAGUUUCACAUGAUGCCUCUAUAACUAGAAGUUCAUUUUAUGCAACUAACUGCUCAUGUGAGCACAACAAGCAUGCACAGGGUGAUGUCCCAUUGCCACAGACAGAGUGAGUAGCAUUACAUGGGAUGGGGUAGGUUUCAUGUGAACAAAGAGAUUGGCCACAGAGCUGGGCUUGGCUGGGCCUCUUCUGCAUAACUCAGGGCCAGGGCACUAUAGUUUAGCUGCUGGCUGGCCUGCUGUCUCUGCAUAGCUUCUGCCUGAAUUCCUGCCCCAAUGUACACACACACACUCCCUCCCCUCCACUCCCCUUGUGUUCAGGACAGGGUGCUCAACAGGCAUAGUGUGUGUGUGGAAAUAGAACUGUUCUGCACUGCAUCAGUUGUAACUCCAGCAUGCUGUACUAAUACUCAGUGGUGGAAAAAGUACCCAAUUGUCAUACUUGAGUAAAAGUAAAGAUACCUUAAUAGAAAAUGACUUGAGUAAAAGUGAAAGUCACCCAGUAAAAUACUACUUGAGUAAAAGUCUAAAAGUCUGUUUUAAACGUACUUAAGUAUCAAAAGUAAAUGUAAUUGCUAAAAUAUACUUAAGUAUCAGAAGUAAAAGUAUAAAUAAUUUCAAGUUCCUUAUAUUAAGAAAAGCAGUUUUAUUUUAUUUUUUACGGAUAGCCAGGGGCACACUCCAACACUCAGACAUAAUUUAGAAAUGAAGCAUUCGUGUUUAGUGAGCCUGCCAGAUCCGGGGCAGUGGAGAUGGCCAGGGACAUUCUCUUGAUAAGUGUGUGAAUUGGACAAUUUUCCUGUCCUGCUAAGCAUUCAAAAUGUAAUGAGUACUUUUGGGUGUAAGGGGAAAUGUAUGGAGUAAAAAGUACAUUAUUUUCUUUAGGAAUGUAGAAGUAAAAGUAGUCAAAAAUAUAAAAAGUAAAGUAUAGAUACUACUUAAGUAGUACUUUGAAGUAUUUUUACUUAAGUACUUUACACCACUGCUAAUACUAAAUACUGCAUGGCACCAAUCCCUGUCCUCUCCAUGUAACCCUGUCCAGGGCAAACUUCAUUAGUAGACACCACAACAUUGGAUGAUUCACAUCUAACAACUGUUUAUGAAAUGUUCUGUCAGGCAGCCUGCUAAUGAGUUUUUAUCUAUGAUUGGUACACAGUGGUUCAGGUCAAACUUCAGUUCAUCAGCAUGAUAUUCAUAUUCAGCAUGAUAUUCAUAUUCAGUAUGAUAUAAUAUCUAAAAGUUUUAUGAAUGUUCCGUUGCAAUUCAGGGAAGACUUCAGUCUGUCAGCAACCUGUCAGAGCCCUGUUGUUUACCAACCAGUCUCCACUGUAGACAUGCAAAGUGAAACAUGCAGACAUACUUUUUAUGGAGUAGCAAGUCCCCCCCCAAAAAAUGAAUGCACUCACUAACUGUAAGUCGCUCUGGAUAAGAGCGUCUGCUAAAUGACUAAAAUGUAAAUGUAAGUUUCCCUUUACAUACUGUAUGCCUAAUGGUCUAGGUCUUGUGAGGAGGAGAUGACAUUUGGUUCCACAACAACCAAGGUGUUUGACUCAACAUACCCCAUUCCUGAGGCUGCCUGGUUGAUGGGAGGUUAUCACCACAGGAGGCCUUGGCAGCCCACCUAAGCAAACAGAAUGUAGGGGGAAACUCUGCUGGUGACUACAGUACAGAUCUGUAGCGUGCUACACAGAGCUCCUGGUGCAGGCUACACAGAGCUCCUGGUGCAGGCUACACAGAGCUCCUGGUGCAGGCUACACAGAGCUCCUGAAGUGUGCUACGUGGUGCAGGCUACACAGAGCUCCUGGUGCAGGCUACACCGAGCUCCUGGUGCAGGCUACACAGAGCUCCUGAAGUGUGCUACGUGGUGCAGGCUACACAGAGUUCUGUGAGUUUGGUGGUGACCACAUAUGGUUCUGGUCUGCCACCUGUCACCUCUUCCUGGAACUUGUUGAUGUUCUCCACUUUCCUAGAAGUCACUCACUACUGCUAACCCACGACCUCUCCUUUUUCCUCUGUAUCCUCCUGUCUUCCUCUCAUCCCUAACUCACUAUGCCCAACUGAUGACCCCUCUUCCCCACCCUCCUCUCCUCCUCCCUCUCUUCUCCUUGGGCUGAAAACAGGGUGUGUGUGUUUGGUAUGCAUCCUGAACCGGAGGCCAAGGAGGGGUGGACUCCCAGUUUCUUCCAGAUACAUCCCUCCCUCUGCCCUGUCAGGGAGUUACUACUCUCUUGUAUUUGUGCAGUUUUGACAUCAAAAGAUUCAUGGCCAGUCUUCAAGGACCAGACUGGAUAAAUCAGGAACUAUCAUCAAUUUUUGUACACUGAAUAAUGUGUUUGCGUUUACAACUAAUCUCUCCAACAGAUUUUAUGGUACAUGAGUCAAUGACUAAAAUAAAAAUAUUGGUCAACCGAGUGUAGUCUGUUCUUAAGACCAAUCGAUUAGUCAAAAUUGUUAAAUGUGUAUAGACACAUCCUAUGUGUCUUAAUCAAAUCAACUAUAUGCACUGAGCUUGUCUGAUGCUUUAAGGGCACUGUUUGAUGAAAUAAUUAAGAAACAAAAAUUACUAGAGGGAGUCUGAUCGCAAUUGAUUUGAUUGUGCCAGGCUCAGACUUGCUGUGUUAAAAAAAAAAAAAGACAGCGAGUGGCUGUGUGACUAGCACCCGUUGUCUGUCUCUCCUCCCUGCUGCAGCGACCACCACAGAACAUCAACAGCGUUUAUCGCGCUGUCCGUGUUGCUGAAGCUGCAACAAUUACAGCCAUUUCUGACUGAAAAGUUCUGUUACCGAAAUCCCUCAUUUGUUUAGGAAAAACAUUCCCUCAACCCUUGCUCUCUUUAUGUGACUCAUGUAUACAUCGCAUGCACGUGACCAAUACUGAUUGUGCCACACUGAUCCUCAACACGGGGGCCCCUCAGGGGUGCGUGCUCAGUCCCCUCCUGUACUCUCUGUUCACCCAUGACUGCAUGGCCAGGCACGACUCCAACACCAUCAUUAAGUUUGCCGACGACACAACAGUGGUAGGCCUGAUCACCGACAACGAUGAGACAGCCUAUAGGGAGGAGGUCAGAGAUCUGGCCGUGUGGUGCCAGGACAACAACCUCUCCCUCAACGUGACCAAGACAAAGGAGAUGAUUGUGGACUACAGGAAAAAAAAGAGGACUGAGCACGCCCCCAUUCUCAUCGACGGGGCUGUAGUGGAACAGGUUGAGAGCUUCAAGUUCCUUGGUGUCCACAUCACCAACGAACUAUCAUGGUCCAAACACACCAAGACAGUCGUGAAGAGGGCACGACAAAGCCUAUUCCCCCUCAGGAGACUAAAAAGAUUUGGCAUGGGUCCUCAGAUCCUCAAAAAAUUCUACAGCUGCACCAUCGAGAGCAUCCUGACUGGUUGCAUCACCGCCUGGUAUGGCAACUGCUUGGCCUCUGACCGCAAGGCACUACAGAGGGUAGUGCGUUCGGCCCAGUACAUCACUGGGGCAAAGCUCCCUGCCAUCCAGGACCUCUAUACCAGGCGGUGUCAGAGGAAGGCCCUCAAAAUUGUCAAAGACUCCAGUCACCCUAGUCAUAGACUGUUCUCUCUGCUACCGCACGGCAAGCGGUACCGGAGUGCCAAGUCUAGGUCCAAAAGACUUCUCAACAGCUUCUACCCCCAAGCCAUAAGACUCCUGAACAGCUAAUCAUGGCUACCCGGACUAUUUGCACUGCCCCCCCACCCCAUCCUUUUUACGCUGCUGCUACUCUGUUAAGUAUUUAUGCAUAGUCACUUUAACUCUACCCACAUGUACAUAUUACCUCAACUACCUCAACUAGCCGGUGCCCCCGCACAUUGACUAUGCAACGGUACCCCCCUGUAUAUAUAGCCUCCCUACUGUCACUUUAUUCUAUUGUAUAUAUAGCCUCCCUACUGUCACUUUAUUUUUUACUUCUGCUCUUUUUUUCUCAACACUUUUUUGUUGUUGUUUUAUUCUUACUUUUUUGUUUAAAAUAAAUGCACUGUUGGUUAAGGGCUGUAAGUAAGCAUUUCACUGUAAUGUCUGCACCUGUUGUAUUCGGCGCAUGUGACCAAUAAAAUUUGAUUUGAUUUGAUUUGGAAUAGGGCCUGAGCUAUAGCAUAUCAUCACAUCAAUAAAUUGGGUAUAACAAACUCCGAAUACCGUACCACAUUUGACAGCAAAAUGGAUGCAGAGGACGUGACAAAUAAACUUGAAACGGGGGAAUGUUUACUGGUUGCUCAGGAGGUAAAGGGGAAGUCCGAUGUGUGGAAUACAUUUGACUAGUUGUGGAAAAUACUGUAGCUCAAGAAUAAUAAGGUAAGGAGCAAGUGCUGCGUGCAUGUUAUCUGUGCCAAACAGGUGCUGUUAGAUAACACUUUACAUUGUUUCAAACAGACAGAUUUAAACAACACUAAAUAAAUUACAAGCGUACCAGAGUUUUUUUCUUUUUUGGUAUAGCCUUUAUUACAGCAAAGAUUAAAAUAAGUCUCAUUCAAUCGUGAAUGCAAUUUACGAAAUGGAACAAUUUCUUUGUUUAGGCAAAUUAUUCAAGGUUCGCUUUAUUUUAUUUUAAACUAAAAUUCUUGAUUGCAUUUCAAAUCAUUAAUGACUCGAAUGCUGUGUAUUAUAUAGGCUACAGUACUGUAGCCUAUAUAAUAAGUAUUGAAAUAUAGGCUUAUGUAAGUUGCGUAUUAAGACUAAACAGGAUGCACGCUUAGGCUUACAGCUCGAUGGUGGCUGCUAUAUAAGCCUACUAAUGAUAAUGACAUUAUUACUAUUAUUAUAAUGAUGAUCAUAAUAACAAUAAUGAGAUCAAGAAAAAGGAGGGUUAUUAUAAAUAUAGUUUUUUAGACAAUUUGGAACAGUGUAAACCACACUAAAUAAAUAUUACUGGAGAGGCUGUUCUAAUGGAAGAAAAAGUUUAAAGCCUUUAUUACAGCAUAGGAAAGAUUAAAACAGCCGAAUUUGUGAAAUUGUUUAUCAGACUUGUAGGCUAUUAAACAAACUCAAACAGGCAACAGAAGCAGGAUCUGUUAUUUAUUUAUUUAUAUAUAUAUAUAUAUAAUUACACACACUACCGUUCAAAAGUUUGGGGUCACUUAGAAAUGUCCUUGUUUUAGAAAGAAAAAAAUUUUUUUGUCCAUUAAAAUAACAUCAAAUUCAUCAGAAAUACAGUGUAGACAUUGUUAAUGUUGUAAAUGGCUAUUGUAGCUGGAAAUGGCUGAUUUCUAAUGGAAUAUCUACAUAGGCGUACAGAGACCCAUUAUCAGCAACCAUCAGUCCUGUGUUCCAAUGGCACGUUGUGUUUGCUAAUCCAAGUUUAUCAUUUUAAAAGGCUAAUUGAUCAUUAGAAAACCCUUUUGCAAUUAUGUUAGCACAGCUGAAAACUGUUGUGCUGAUUAAAGAAGCAGUAAAAGAUUCCCACGGGGGGCCAGUAUGAAAAAUAUAUGCACUCACUAACUGUAAGUCGCUCUGGAUAAGAGCGUCUGCUAAAUGACUAAAAUGUAAAUGUAAAAAUGGCCUUCUUGAGACUAGUUGAGUAUCUGGAGCAUCAGUAAUUGUGGGUUCGAUUACAGGCUCAAAAUGGCCAGAAACAAAGAACUUUCUUCUGAAACUCGUCAGUCUAUUCUUGUUCUGAGAAAUGAAGGCUAUUCCAUGCGAGAAAUUGCCAAGAAACUGAAGAUCUCGUACAACGCUAUGUACUACUCCCUUCACAGAACAGCGCAAACUGGCUCUAACCAGAAUAGAAAGAGGAGUGGGAGGCCCCGGUGCACAACUGAGCAAGAGGACAAAUACAUUAGUGUCUAGUUUGAGAAACAGAUGUCUCACAGGUCCUCUCAACUGGCAGCUUAAUUAAAUAGUACCCGCAAAACACCAGUCUCAACGUCAACAGUGAAGAGGCGACUCCGGGAUGCUGACCUUCUAGGCAGAGUUCCAAAGAAAAAGCCAUAUCUCAGACUGGCCAAUAAAAAGAAAAGAUUAAGAUGGGCAGUCUGAGAUAUGGCUUUUUAUAUAUAUAUAUAUAUAUAUAUAUAUAUGAGAGAUGGAUGAUUUUUAGAGCCAGGCACAUUUAACAGAGGCUAUUGAUUAUAGACCUAAUUAAGUUGGUUUCCUCAUUUUUCUUAGACAAUUAAGGCAAGGGCUGUUUUCUCAUCUCCUAACUCCGCUGCUGCCUCCACAGCAUUGUUCUCAACACCAAUAUGCUGGUUAACUUUGCUAUUGUGGUCCUCUGUAGCUCAAUUUGAAGAGCAUGGCGCUUGUAACGCCAGGGUAGUGGGUUCGAUCCCCGGGACCACCCAUACGUAAAAAUGUAUGCGCACAUGACUGUAAGUCGCUUUGGAUAAAAGCGUCUGCUAAAUAGCAUAUUAUUAUUAUUAUUAUUAUUAUUAUUAUGCACAUAGCAACAUGGUCUAGAAAAAGGUGCCAAAUCAACAGCACACUGAUGAGUUUAAGAACCGCGGACAGAGACCGCUAUCCAACGCGGGAGAAAGCGCAUUUGUUGUAAAAUAUUAUUUUUAUUUGUGUUGCAGCUUUUGUUCUUACGUAAAAUAACCAUAUACAUUUUCAGUAGCACACGUCUUAGUGAUGGACUGUACCAUUCGCACGGCCUCCACAAUGGAUCAGUCCACUCAGACAGGAUCCAAUCAGACAGGUGUCUUGUACACCAUGAGUUUUUGUUUUGUUUUUUUUGGCUACUGCUCGACUAAAGACAUCUCGGUUGACCAACAGCCUAUUGACCAAACAAUCGACCAGUCGACUAAAUGGGGUCAGCCCUAGUCAAUUUACACUGGUUUUACCACACUGCUUUGGUCAACAUGGUGCAACUCCCUUCACUGGCUGUUAACAGUCAUAAAAACUGCAAGUCAGCUAACCCUGCCCCCCCCCCCCCCCCCCCCUGACAGGAACACGCAUCAUCUACGACAGGAAGUUCCUCCUGGACUGUCGUAACUCUCCCAUUGCCCGUACCCCUCCCUGCUGCCUGCCCCAGAUCCCUGGGGUGACGGUGCCCGCUCUGCACCCUCUGGGCAAACUACAGGAGCUAAAAGAGGAGCUGGAGGAGGAGGAGGAGGAGAAGGACCUGGCAGGUAGGAAUAUGCACACCAAACACACUAGACAUGCGUGUGUGUAUAUAUAUAUAUAUAUAUAUAUAUAUAUAUAUACAGUGAACUCCAUAAUUCACUGGACAGUGACCAUUCUUUUGUUAUUUUGGUUCUGUACUCUAGCACUUUGAGUUUGAAAGGAUACAAUGACAAUGAGGGUGAAGUGCAGACUGUCAGCUUUAAUUUGAGGGUAUUUUCAUACAUAUCGGAUGAACCGUUUCCGAAUUAUAGAAGCUUUUGUACAUGGUCCCCCCCAUUUUCGGGCAUCAAAAAACAUUGGACAGUUUAACAUAAUGUAGAAUAAAGUAAUCAUUGUUAAUAUUUGGUCGCAUAUCCUUUGCAUGCAAUGACUGCUUGAAGUCUGCGAUGCAUCGCCAUCACCAGACGCUGGGUAUCUUCCCUGGUGAUGCUCUGCCAGGCCUGUACUGCAGCCAUCUUAAGUUCCUGCUUGUUUCUGGGACUUAUUGCCUUAAGUCUCCUCUUCAGCAUGUAAAAUGCAUGUUCAAUUGGAUUCAGAUCUGGUGAUUGACUCGGCCAGUCAAGGAUUUUCCACUUUUUGGCCAUCAAAAACCCCUUUGUUGCUCUAGCAGUAUGUUUAGGGUCAUUGUCUUGUUGCAUGAUUAAGUGCCGUCCAAUGAGUUUGGAGGCAUUUGGUUUUAUCUGAGCAGAUAAAAUAUUUCUGUAGACUUCAGAAUUCAUUGUUCUACUUCUGUCUGCAGUCACAUCAUCGAUGAAGACAAGUGAGCCAGUUCCACUGGCAGCCAUACAGGCCCAAGCCAUAACACCCCCUCCACCAUGUUUCAUGGAUGAGGUGGUAUGCUUUGGAUCAUGGGCAUUUCUUUUUUUUCUCCACACUUUUGUCUUUCCAUCACUCUGGUACAUGUUAAUCUUUGUCUCAUCUGUCCACAAUACUUUUUUCCAGAACUCUUGGGGCUCUUUUAGGUGCUUUUUAGCAAACUGUAAUCUUGCCUUUCUGUUCUUCAGGCUUAUCAGUGGUUUGCAUCUUGUAGUGUACCCUCUGUAGUCCUGCUGGUGUAGUCUUCUGCGUAUGGUAGACUUUGACACAUCUACACCUGCAUCCAGGAGAGUGUUUUUGAUCUGUUGGGCUGUUAUCAGGGGGGUUUUCUUCACCAUAGAGAGUAUUCUCCGGUCAUCCACUACAGUGGUCUUCCUCUGUCUACCGGGUCUUUUGACAUAAUUGAGUUCACCGGUUGUUUUUUUCAUGUUAAUGAUGAACAAAACUGUUGACUUGGGCAUGGCCAGGGUUUGUGCAAUGUUCCUGAAUGAUUGAUUUUCAUUUCUGAGCCUUAUGACGGCCAACUUCAUUUGCAUCGACACGGCUGUCUUCCUCAUGUUGUCACACCCCAAUAACAACCUCCAAAGGCAAUAGCAACGUCUAGAAUCAUUACUAUUCAUCAACAGCUCUCCUGCAUUCACUAACGACACAAAUGAAUACACCUGCCUAACGACACACAUCUGUGAAGCCAAUUUAACAAAUACUUGUAGUACCUUAAAAUGGGGGGACCAUGUACAAAAGGUGCUGUCAUUUCUAAACGGUUCAUCCGAUAUGUAUGAAAAUACCCUCAAAUUAAAGCUAACCGUCUGCACUUCACGCUCAUUGUCAUUGUAUCCUUUCAAACUCAAAGUGCUAGAGUACAGAACCAAAAUAACAAAACAAUGGUCACUGUCCAAUGAAUUAUGGAGCUCACUGUGUGUGUAUGUAUGUAUGUAUGUGUGUGUAUAUAUAUAUAUAUAUAUAUAUACGCACACAGUCCCAGUCAAAAGUUUGGACACAUAGUUUUGAUGUCUUCACUAUUAUUCUACAAUGUAGAAAAUAGUAAAAAUAAAGAAAAACCCUUGAAUGAGUAUGUGUUCUAAAACUUUUCACCGGUAGUGUAUAUCUCACAAACACAUUCUGUACAGAUGUGCACACUGACAUAAACGUGCAUAUGAACACGUACACACACACACACACACAGAGGAGGUCAAAGGGGACAUGGUAGGUACACACUGGGAUAACCGGCUGCUAGCGCUACCCUGCCUUUAUUCCCAUUCAACCAGCUAUAUGAUCAUGUUGACAUGUACCUAGCUGUAUGUUCUUUGCAUGUCUUUAUGGAAUCUAGUGUUACCUGCUAUCCAUGCACAUUGUUGCCAAUUUAUUCACAUCUUUGUGAAAUGUAGGAUAACUUUCUGCAUGUACAGUGUAUCCUAUUCUUACCAGACAUGUGUGUAUGCAGUAUCAACAGCUAUGUGUUACUGAGCAAAACUCUUGACGCCAUUUCUAGCCUGGUUGUUUUAAGAAGUGGAUGAGGGGGAAUAG